CACCAAACCAAGAAAAUUAGUAUUGGAAGUUCUUUCUUUCUUUCCUUCCAUUCCCUUUUCCGCAAUUACUUUGCUUCUUUGAUACCAAACCUCGAACCAAGCCCUGUGUUUAAACGGAGGAAAACGGAAGGAGACCCAGUUUCUGUCCAACCCAACCAAACAAUGAAGCGAUGGAGAACGAAACGAGAGCAUCAGAUCUACUCCUCCAAGCUCUUCCAAGCUCUCUGUCGUUCUCGUCGGGCCUCCUCUUCCACUUCCGCCAAGGAACUCCAUCAAACGGCCGACAGAGUUCUUGCCAUAACAGCCAAGGGAACCACGCGUUGGAGCAGAGCGAUUCUCGCCGCUCCACUCACUGCUGGUACCAAUAUGAAGAAACAUAAGAAAGCCAAGGUCACCGUCCAUACAAGGUUGAGGAAGCCGGUGGUUAACAGAGAGAAGAAAAAACUGCCGGUCGUUGAGAGGAAGUUGAAGGCUUUGAGACGUCUUGUCCCAGGUUGCCGGAAACUAUCUUGCAACAACCUUCUAGAAGAAACGAGCGAUUACAUAGCGGCUUUAGAGAUGCAAGUUGAUAUUGUUCGUUGUUUGUCAAUGUUUUACAAUGAUGUAUUGUCAUGCCUUCCUGUUCAGAUUUGGUAUCUCUAA